AUGGAUAGUCUCAAAACUUUGAACAAAAGUGCGAGCGAUUCGGUCGAACUGACCAAAUUGGUGUCAAAACGCUGGAACGUUGAUUUCAAUUCUCGCAGUCGUAUUGGACUGACUUCUAAUGGACCGUGUGAUCAGUCACUUCAGCCUAUAGGUUUCAGCGACCGUACAUUCCCUCACUCUGAGACUCGUGAACAGGAUCCGCAGCUGAAGAUUAAGCGAAGCUGGGAUGUUGCUUUGGGUCCUCUUCGCCAAAUCCCCAUGAACCUCUUUAUCAUGUGGAUGACAGGAAACUCAAUUUCAAUUUUCCCGAUAAUUAUGGUUUAUAUGAUGUUCACGCGGCCCCUGCAAGUGCUCUUCUCAAUGCAAACAACGCUCCAAAUGAUCGAAGGCGAACAGGCCCCAAUCCAGUGUCUGGUUUUUAUUUUGGGGAAUCUCUUAAUGGUUGCAAUGGCCAUAUAUAAAUGCCACAAUAUGGGUCUUCUCCCAACAUAUGCUUCUGACUGGUUGUCAUUCAUUCAGCCAUCUCAGGCAAGCACGAGCAGAAUGGUCAGUGGGAGGCUUUAUUUGGUGAUAAUUUUAAUGUUACAUUGUUCGCGACCUGCACCACUAACAAUAAAUCCUGGUCGUUAUCUUUCGUGUGACGGUGAUUCUUUCAAGCCUUCGUAA